UUGAAAUUAGGAAAUGAAAGGACGAAGCGAAAAAAGUUGUUAAUCUUCAAACGAGCUGAAAAAUAUGUACGUGAAUAUAGGCAGCGUCAACGUCGUGAAAUAAAUCUACAGCGUGAUGCUCGAAGAGCGGGCAAUUUUUAUAUACCAGAUGAACCUCGUCUGGCUUUUGUUAUACGUAUUCGAGGUAUUAAUCAGAUGCACCCAAAACCGCGAAAAGUGCUUCAACUUUUUCGUUUACGCCAAAUUAAUAACGGCGUAUUCGUGAAAUUGAAUAAGGCAACAUUGCAAAUGUUACGUAUCGUUGAUCCAUAUGUUGCUUGGGGUUAUCCAAAUAUGAAGUCAGUUCACGAUCUUAUCUACAAACGAGGUUAUGCUAAAAUCAAUGGUCGUCGUAUUCCUCUUGUUGAUAAUACAAUUAUUGAAAAAGGAUUAGGAAAAUAUGAUAUUAUCUGCAUAGAAGAUUUGGUCCAUACUAUUUAUAACACUGGCGAGUAUUUCAAGCAAGCCACAAACUUUCUUUGGCCAUUCAAAUUGAAUAAUCCGACUGGUGGAUGGACGAAAAAAACAAACCAUUUUGUUGAAGGAGGUGAUUUUGGGAAUCGUGAGGAUCAGAUAAACAAACUGUUGCGUAAAAUGAUUUAA